GUUAAAGGCCUACACCUUGUAUGUUUUGCCUUUAGUAAUAAAGGUAACAAAUGCGAAAAUAAGUUAAGAAGAAAAAGUAAAAAUUAUCUUUGGCACUAAUCAAUGUCUAAAGUUUAAGGAUACAUACAUGUAGGCGCAGAUUUCGGACGACAAUUUUCAGACAUUCACUUUAAUCCAUCAAUUGUCAAUGCUAACGUGCACACACACAAGAGUUCAAUGGGAGGCAGAUGGUUUCUGACGGUGCAGUGAGAUCAUAGUAGUAGUAAGUUAGUAGUGACAGCUUGUGAGGUCGAUUAUUCUGAUCAAAAUGGACCAUUCGACAAAAUGCCCCGUUUAUCCAAAAGUAAUUGAAAGAGAUACAAAAGUUGAAACAUUCAGUACUGCAUCUAAAGAAAUAGAAAAGAGACUACAAAAAUUGGAAUACAAGAGGCGAAAAUCAAAUUAUUCCAAAGAGCACAAAGAACAAUUAGCCAGUCCUGUUAACACCCGGAACAACUUGAUGCAGAGACAGCCAUCUCAUUUGAGCAUACGAAACGCGCGAGUGCGAUCUCAUUCACCUGCCAUGCGUACACCUUUGGAUAUAUGUCAUCCUGAACGUGUACGCGCUGCUGUGGAGAAGGAAUACAAGGAAGCAAGUGAUAUUUUGGAUAAGCAAAAACUGAAAACUGCUGCAAAGGCACGUCAACAAAAUGUUCUUAAGUAAGGUAUCGGCAUUUGAAAGGGAACGUUGGAGAUGACAUAUGUAUUUUGAAGAAAAGAUAUAAAGACCUCAGAGAAAAAAUUGGACGUUUCAGAUUUAAUGGAUACUUUUCAAAAGUACUGAGAAAGAGGACAAUGAUUCUAUGACGAUAAGUGUUGUCUUAGUAACUUUUUAAUGGCACGAUAUAGUGACAUGAUAAUAUUUACAUAUGUUUUCAGCAUAAUUCUGUAGGCAUUUAUGGUACGUUCACACCAACGGCGCUUUGAUGGCGCUUUAAAGCGGCUUGUAAAGCGGCACCAAAGCGUAACAAAGCUUAAUUAAAGCGUCGGGGUCGUAAUAGGUCGUAGAAAAGCUCGGGAGUGAAGCGGGAUAUUCGGCAAGAGCGCUAAAAAAUUUAAACUGUUUAAUGGUACGUUCACACCAACGGCGCUUUGAUGGCGCUUUAAAGCGGCUUGUAAAGCGGCACCAA